UAUCUAGGUCUCCCGCACCUCUAAUGCACUACUCAUCUGCAGCUUGCAAUUCUCUGUCCGCACCGUCAAUACCUUCUCUCGUGCUACAGACAUUCGCUACGACCGUCGCCCCUAUCGCGAACACACUGAUCGCCUUUUGCUCUUCUCCUCUCCCGUCGCAAGACUUUCUCUUCCCCCUUUAGUGAGAGAGAGCACCUAGCCACGACCGUCGAACCGCGUCUUCCGCUACGGUUAGCCUAUUUUAAGACCGCAAGCCAAUGUCUGGCCCUUCUCCCUGACCAACAGACUUCAACCACAACCUUUCCGUCUCGAUUUUUUAAGAAAGUUAUCUUAUAAAUUCAAUCCAUACUUUCCGAUUCCGAAGUCAUAUCUCCCUAGAUGCCCCCAUUACCAAAACAUCCCCAAUCUCUCCACAUCUGGCGCUCACUCGCCAACAGGCGGUUCCGUUCACCUCCAUUAACGGUAUGGGGCGGCAAUUGCUGCCGUUUUUCGUCGAGCGGUGCCGCGAUUUCUCGGGAGCAAAGCUCAAAGAAGAUGCUAAUAUAUCUUCUCACGCUGGCCGGCGCCAUGGUUGGUGCCUCUUAUGCUGCUGUUCCGCUCUAUCGUCGUUUCUGCCAGGCCACCGGCUAUGGAGGCACCGUUCAACGUCGAGAGAGUGUGGAGGAGAAGAUCAGGCGUCAUACUCUCGAUGGGACAAAAGCUGCAAGGGAGCUUGUCGUUCAAUUCAAUGCUGAUGUUGCUGAUGGAAUGCCAUGGAAGUUUGUUCCUACACAGAGACAGGUAAGAGUAAAACCUGGUGAAAGCGCACUUGCAUUCUACACAGCUGAAAAUCGUAGCGCUGCUCCAAUAACUGGUGUUUCUACAUAUAAUGUCACCCCGAUGAAGGCCGCCAUAUACUUCAACAAAAUACAGUGCUUCUGCUUCGAGGAGCAGACGCUGCUCCCCGGGGAACAAAUAGAUAUGCCGGUAUUUUUCUAUAUCGACCCUGAGUUUGAGACAGAUCCUAAAAUGGAUGGCAUCAACAACCUGAUCCUCUCCUACACCUUUUUCAAAGUUAAAUGAGAGUUAGAAAAUAACUAUUUGAGAGUGGGUUGGCCUGAUAUCAGGAGAUGCAUCUGAUUCUCCUUAUUUCUUGUUAAAAAUAUUACGAGAUAUUUUAUAAAGAUUUCAUGGAGCUAGCUUUAGAAUAGUAAUUAAGCAGCCCUGAUGUUUCAAUUA